UAUCUUUGGUCAGCUGUUUCACAACGUUUGGUUGUGUUGGAGCCUCCACAAUCUACAAGAGCAUGCAGCAUCCAAUUUGAGUCAUGGCUCAAGGGAAUUCAAAGUUGAAGAAGCCGCAGAAAAAGAAGCUCAGUCAGAAGCAGACCAAAGUCAAAUCCGGGGCCGUUAAGAAGGGUGGACCUAAGACCAUCACGCCCAAACGCGGCGCACCUCUCGAGGCUCACAAGGUCAAACGAAUCAUCGAGAAAAGCAUCCACAAGACCAUCGAGUCCGAACUCAGUGCUAGAGCCUAUCAAGUGGAAGAGGGCAAGAACUUCAAGAUCAUUGAAGCCAAAAACUUGGGCAAGAAGAACAAGAAGAGCAAGAAUACCUAA